AUUUUUAAUGCCAAUCUUUUAGUUCUAAACUAAGAUACCAAAAAUAAAAUCAAUCGAAAUUCAAAAAUUAUGUGGGAACCAGGCAACACCAUAAACACAUGGGUAAAAUGAGAUGAAUGAACAAUUGUCAAAUUGUACAAUUGCCGGUCGGUACGGAGCUCGAAUAUUCUAGACACAAUAAUUCUAGAUAAAAAAAUCGGCUCAGUCAAUUUCUUCACUUGUUUUGAGGAAACAUUAGACAAAAGACAUCAUGUCUAACGUAGUGAAGCGCCUUAUUCCCCUGCUUGACCGAGUUCUCAUCAAAAGGGCUGAAGCAGUAACCAAAACUGCUGGAGGCAUCGUUAUCCCUGAGAAGGCUCAGGGCAAAGUCCUGCAUGGAGAAGUUGUAGCCGUAGGACCCGGAGCGAGGAAAGACAAUGGUGACUUCAUCCCUAUACUAGUAAAAGUUGGCGACAAAGUUCUCCUUCCUGAGUACGGUGGCACCAAAGUUUCACUAGAAAACGACGAGAAGGAGUACCACCUAUUCCGAGAGAGCGACAUUCUGGCGAAGAUCGACAACUGAAUAGUGCUAGUUUUAGUUUUAUUGAUUCUGAUUCUGUUUAGUUUAAAUUAGAACGUAUUGUAGUGAAUGAACAUUUGUGAUUGUGUAAUACGCUGCUAUGUUGUGAGAUGGGGUUACUGAUGUUAACUAUGCAUUUCUUAUUAUAAAUUUGUUACAGAA